AUGAAAUUUUUAGUAGUUAUUUUUUCUUUAUUGAGCAUAUCUUUGGCUCAGAAAUUACCUUUUGGUUUCAAGAGAUGCAGCAUCAAAGAUAAUGAAUGUCUUGUAGAAGCUGUUCAAGAAGCCAUCCCAAAAUUCAAAGAUGGCAUCAAGGAAUUCGGUAUACCACCAACCGAUCCCCUAUUCAUCCCAGAGAUGAGUAUAGGGGGUGGUCAACAAGUCAUCCAACUAAACCAAGUGUACAAGAAUGUCAGCUUGAAGGGUUUGUCGAAUUCCAAAGUCACCAGUUUCAGUUUUGACAUGAAAGACGAAAGGAUCCUUCUGUAUACCACUGUUGACAAGCUGGUGAUAAGCGGACAUUACACUGCCAGCGGUAAGAUUCUUCUUCUUCCAGUGGAUGGCAGUGGACCUUUCACCAUAGUUCUUGAUCAACCCGUUGGGACUCUCCUGGUAGAUUUUGCGAUUCACUCAAAGAAGGGUCAGAAGCAUCUCAGGGCCAACUCAGCCAAGCUUCUUUUCGACGUCUCUCACGCCUCAUACAAUUUUACCAACCUGCUGAAGAGGAACAGAAACAUAGAACAGAGUUUGGGAAAAGUGUUGAACGAGAACUGGAAAGAAAUUUUCGACGAACUGGUACCAUUCUACACAGACGCCUACGCUCAAGCCCUUCUUCAAGUGGUGAACAGAUUCUUCUCCAGGGUACCACUCUCAGAAGUCUUCUUGGACUACGAAUAUAGACAGUGAUUCAGUUCCAUUUGUAAA